AUGCAGUUUAAUGAGAUAUCUGUAGAGGAAGUUUACCGAAAAGACGAAAAGUUAAAGAAAGAAGAUGUUCAGGUUUUAAUGGAUUGGAUGGGAAAACAACCUCAUUUGCCGAAAGCUACAGAACUGCAGGUAGCAUGCUUCCUCCAUAGUUGCUACUAUAGCAAUGAAGCUGCGAAAAAUUCAAUAGACGCAUAUUUUACGGUAAAAACUUUAUGUCCCGAUAUUUUUAGUUCAAGGACUAUAAAUGACGAUAUAUUACGAGCUACUAUAGACACUCAAUUAUUCGUUGUUCUUCCCGAAUUAACACCAGCAGGCGACACAGUGAUACUAUCGAGAAAAAUCGAUCCCGAUCCAAGAAAUUUUCACCUCAUUGGUCAGUUGAAGCUUAUGGAUAUAGUACCACUACUUCAUUCACACCAAUAUGGCCCCCCAAGAGGCUUUCAACUCAUAAUAGACAUGGAGCUAACCAGCCUCGGGCAUCUAUUGAGAAUAAACCCUUCUUAUGUUAAAAAAUUUGCCUACUAUCUGCAGGAGGGAAUGCCAAUAAGAUUAAAACAGAUACACUUUAUCAAUAUUGUGCCAUUUAUGGACAAAGUAUUUAGUUUCAUUAAACCCGUUAUGAAAAAAGAAGUCAUCGACUUGUUUGUGGUCCACACAGAAAUAGAAAGCUUGUAUGAUCAUAUACCCCAAAAAUUACUACCUGAGGAAUAUGGAGGAAACAUUGAUUCAAUUUUGGUACUAAGAGAAAAUGUGAGAAACCUUAUCAAGAACAGUGAAAAUUACUUGAAAUUUCAAGAAUCCCAACUAAUGAACGAAAGCAAAAGACAAGGUCCAUCGAGACAUCAGGAAGAUUUGUUUGGAGCAGAUGGAAGUUUCAAAAAAUUGGAUAUUGACUGA